AAAAAAGCGGCAAAAAAGGCAAAAGAUUAGCUCUGGAUCGUCAUUGUGCGUCCAUUCUGCUUUGAAGUCUCCUCGUGAUCCUCUACCUCAGCACAAAUGUUCAGCAAACGCCCCUCAAAGAUCCCGGAAGAGCUGCUGAAUCUGGACGGGAAGAAGGAGAAGAAAUUGAGUGAAUUGGCGGUGAAUCCCGUUGAUCUCGAACUCGAUCCCACAGCAAAUAUCCGGGAGUUGAGUGACUACAUUCAGAGCAUCGAUCAUCCAGCUCUGAAGCUUCCCAUAAACGCACUCAGCAAAUUCUCCGAGGAGUUUGAGGAUUACAGCAACUUGAGGCCUCCGUCGCCAGGGAUCAGCGCUAGGGAUCUGCAUAAAAUCGAGACAGAGUCUUCACAGGCUGAGGAAGAGAAGAUGGCCCACAGCGGAGCUCUUCAGGGCUACAGGAGGGGCCUUCUGGAUGCAGCAAAAGCUUCCCAGGCAUCCGAAGAGGAGCUCUUUGGGCAGUUUGUGGCUAAAAUGCUGAGGACAUUGAGCAAACCCCAACGAUUUGAUACAAUGUCCAAAAUGUCCAACAUCCUUUUUGAAAAUGCCAUUGGAUCUGCUUCCAAGGACCCACAGGAUGUCCUGGAAGAUAGGAACAGCAAAUCUGAUUGAUUUUAAUCGCAUUUUACUUUAAUACUUGAUGAUGACUCCUUGGCAAUAAAUGGAUUUCUCUCUUUUUAAGAAGA